ACUAUAAUUUUAGUUUUGUUACUAACAUGGAACAUAAGUGCUAGGAAGCAGCAAGAAGCACUGAAAAAAAUAAUAAAAACAAAUCUGUCCUCUUUAUAACCCCUAGCCUAGUUGCUAUAUAUACUGAAACAAUGGCUAUGAAACGUAUACAAAAGGAAUAUGCUGACAUACAAGUGGAUCCACCUGCUCAGUGCUCCGCUGGUCCUGUAAACGACACAGACUUAUUUCAUUGGCAAGCAACGAUAAUGGGACCACCAGACACAGCAUAUCAGGGCGGAUUAUUCUUUUUAACAAUACAUUUUCCAACAGAUUAUCCAUUCAAACCACCCAAGGUAUCUUUUAAUACAAAAAUAUAUCACCCAAAUAUAAAUUCAAAUGGCAGUAUAUGUUUAGACAUACUACGGUCACAAUGGAGUCCUGCUUUAACAGUAUCAAAAGUCUUACUAUCAAUAUGUGCCUUAAUGGCCGAUCCAAAUCCUGAAGAUCCAUUAGUGCCGGAAAUAGCCAGAAUAUUUAAAACGGAUAAAAAACAAUAUACCGAUAAUUGUAAAGAGUGGACGAGGCGUUACGCGAUGUUUUAAAAAUAGAUUGGGCGAGUGAGAACUGGCAUGGGAAAGCCAUUAGGAUUCGUUGCUUCAGGCGCAUGUCAGUGACCUUUUUUAUGUGCAACUCACGACUGUUUUAAAAAAUUAUUUUUCUGAAUUUCGAUAAAAGUGAAAAUACUGUUUUUUUCGUUUAACAUCGGUUUUAUAUUUAGCUCCAGCGAAAUAAUAUAAUUCUUUCUAUAUAUGUCCUGCAUCCAUCGUUGUUUUUUAUUAUCGUUCUUUGUGAUAUAUCGAGCUUAUAAAGAAAUAUAAAUUGAAAUAUAAAUUUA